CAAUUACACACCCAUGGCAACUCUGUUUAUAAACACGUGCGGUCCCAAAGCAAAAUAAGAUUUUUUAGACUUUUUAAAAUAUUUGAAUUAACUUUUUAUUCUAAAUGAACAAGAAGAACUUUAGAUAUAUAAGGAUUUAAAUUAAAACAGAGUUGCGAAAAUGGCAGUUGAGGUAAAUAAAAGAAAACGUAAACACGACGCAGACAAUCCGGAUGAAGAUGAAGGAGUUGCGGCAGUUCCAAAGAAAAAGGAAAAGAAAGCCAACAAAUUAAAGGAAAGUAAUGCAGAUGAUUCCCAACAGGACUCAGGAUUUGAGCCUGAAGAAAAGCCAAUGAAAUUUUCUAAAGAUUUUAACAUGACUAACUUUAGGAGUAAACUUCGAGGUGUCAGUUUUAUAACAGAGUUGAGACAUUUCCUGUACUUGUGCGGAGUGCGUCCAAAAACAAUAGCCAAAUACAUUGAGAAACGUGGAAAACCAUUGGAAUUAGCAGAGGCAUUGGAACGCAUAGAUAAAAACAAUGUCCUACACUCUGCCUACGUUUGCGAGGCUCUAUACAUGGUUCUCAUGGAGAUAUUAGGAAAUCAAAGAAAUCACAUGGAAUCGGCCGUCCAUGCCUCAAGGUAUUUUCUCAAGACGCAUGGUGCCGUUUUGGAACUGCUUUUGGAAUCAGCACAGCUAAAUCAUCGCAAAGUAGCCCUCAAGUUGUUGACAGCAUUCGUCUGCAUAGAGCCACAAUUAGGAAGACAAAUUUUGUCAUCUUAUAAUAUUCUGUCGAACAAGCACACGAUUGUAAAGUUUCUUUCACACUCUCCGGCAGAAGCCAAACAAGUAGUGGAGAAUAAUGGCGAAGAAAUUGAAACAGUACGCAAAUGUUUCAUACAUUUUGUACUGGCAUAUUUAGUGGAUGGAAACACCCUUCUUAUACGCAACAUUCUGGAUCGUAUCGCCUUAAUGAAUGCCUUAGUCCAUGGUCUAAACUUUGAUGAUUCUGUUACUGUUUGCGUGGUCUUGAGCACUCUGAAAAAGUUUGUUUUGGAAUGCCCAGACAUAUCAAAAACCAAAAAGGUACAUGUUUUCGAUAUAAACUGUUGCAAAGGGCUCGUGGCUCUAUAUGAUUGGAAGGGACCAAAAUUCUAUGCGGCCCAGAACAACAACCAGUUUAAAGGACGUGAAGAUUAUGGUCGUUUCAUCAACCCUGAGGAAAAGGAGGCAGUGUCAAAUGCUGUCCAUGAUUUUUUGGUGGAACUUCUUACAUCCCGAAAGCACGGCAUAGCAUUUGAUUCUAUAACAUUCUUUCGUCAAAAACACAACACUAUACAAGGUCAAGUUAUUGGAUGGAUUAAAUAUCCAUGGGAAAAUGAAAGGAAAAAGUAUUUAGUUGUAAAAAUAUUAGAAAGCUGUCCUGAUCUUUUCCGUAACACCGUACGCAAUUAUGCCGGUAUAAUCAACCCCAUGCUUGGACGUGAAGCGAGGAAAAAGGCUACGUACUUCCUCAUAGACAUUAUAAGUGCAUGUCAUCCACGUCACUUAAUGGGCGCCUUUGAUAAAAUCACCAUAACCGACUUCUCUUACUGGAUCAAGGACAUUUGCUUGCCCAUUGAAACAUUGGUACAUUUAAAUGGCAAUGAACAGCUGAAAAAUGCUGAUUUUAAUUGUCGUUUGGCCGGCAAUCGUUUGCUGUUGGCCAUGUUCAAACAGUACACCAACUACAUGCGAUUGAUUUUGCAACGGGAACAGAAAAAAUCGGCUGGAUCGAACUCCUUGCGAAAGUUUAGAUUUGACAUUUUGAAUCACUUGUUGCUGCAUUUUCCGCCCAUUGAAAAAAUUUUAUCAUCGCUAGAAGUUUCAAUAAACGUAAAGAAUGUGGAGGGAGUUGAUGUAUUGGCCCAUUUAGAUGUGGCAUUAGAUCUGAUCUUGCUACUAUGCCAAGAAAAUAGUUCUUUUGUCAAUAAAACUUCGGUUCUUUUGGACUAUUUGGAACUGUUAAGGCCACUUUAUACGGGAGAGGAAAAUGCUAGUCCAGAAAAUAUCAAACUAGAAAUGAAAGCAAUUAAAACUAUUUUAUGGAUUUCCCCCAAAUCAUUGGACCCUCAAAGAAAGCAAUUUAGCAGUGUGCUAGCUUCUCUAAUCAACGCCUUUGUACAUGGGGAAAGACAGACAAGUCAAGAGGCUGGUUUCCUUCUCAGGACAAUUUUUAAAAAUACUGGCAUUUUCGAUUCUGGACUUUUAGAAAUAGAUUUAUGGCUAGAAGGCUUAAAACUGAUACCAAAAGAAAGUGUGCUGUUGGUUACUCAGGUCUUUAUUGAGGUCUUCAAGGUGGUCAAAGCCGAAGUUGAAUGUCCCAAAUCAGUGGAAACCGUAACUAACACAAACAAUUUACACACACUCUUUAAAAACAUCGAAAAAGGACUAUCAGUUCAGGCAUACUCCGAAGCUCUGUCGAUUAGCAAGCUGAUGCCUCUGAUUUUCAAGGGUGUUUUAAUUGAAGAACAUUUGGGAAAUUAUCUGGAAAUUGUGAGCAUUUUCAUGUUCCACUACUACCCGUCGGCGGAGAAUGUUUUGCAACUGUAUGAAAAACAGUUUAAGGAGCUAAAGCCUUACAUGACCAAUUGGUUGUCCACUGAAGUUAAGGAAGAACGAAAACUUUUGGCCAAAUCCGGCAAAUUCAAGCUAAUUAACCAUUUCGCUGAACUGCAGAAAAUGGUGUUCAACUGCUCUCCAGAUUUCGAAAAUAUGUUUGAAAGCAAAUCGUCCGAUAACUAUAUUGAGUUGGAAUUUAAGGGCAACCUCAAAAAGUUCUCCACCGUUGUGCAAAACGAAAGACAACUUAUGAUCUACGUUCAACAAGUUUUAUUCCAAGUCCACAAGUUAAUGGAGAAGGAAGUGUUAUCCGAACAACAGGCUUUAAAGAGUGCAGCAUUUAUCGUUGAUUGCUUGGAAAUGAUAAACAAGUCUUCAACAAAAGAAGACAAUUCAAUGGCAGCGUAUGCAACGGAUAGUGAAAGUAGCUUGGAUUCCAUUAUAAAAUACAUCUAUGGCGUUAGAUUGAAUUCCGUAAAAUCUGGCGAUUUAAUUAGCGCAUCAAUUGCAAGUGUUUCUUAUAGAAACUAUUUGAAAUUCAUUUACGUUAUGACCCAAUAUUGUAGAAACUUGGAGUGCUUCGAUAAUUAUGCCGAGAAUUUCAAAUUGAAAUUAGUUAAAGCCUCAGCAAUUUCUUUGAAUGAAGCCAACGAGGUAACCUUGCACUCAGAGCAGUUGGAGGAUUUUGUUAAUUUGCUACAGGUAUUCAAUUUAUCGGCCGCUCAUUGUGCCGAAAUUUUAGAGAUCCUGGUAUCAAAAAUUACAUACAAAGACUUGUUUUCCAAUCAACAAAAAACACUCUACCACUUAAUUUUGGUGGCUUGUUUCCAGAGAUUGUCCGAACUGAAAAAGGCCUUGAGCUGUGCAGAGUUUAUUAAGAAAUUUGCCAAAAUCUAUGCCAAUAUUUUCAAGAAAUUGGAAGGAGAAUACAAUGUUGAAAGCUUGGAGGAGGCUUUCUAUAAUUUCCUUAUCGUCAACCAUCAGUGCAUAGAACAAUUGGGAGCGAGAUUCUUUGAGUCUUUCUUCAAGGAACGCAAACUUUCAAAGUUUAGCAUAAAGUUGUGUUGUCUGCUCUUCGAACGCAAUCCCAAUUUGGAAGUUGUAUUUGUCGAACAACUGGAGAGUAACAUUGAUAAAAAGGAACUAAUUUAUCCCCUUUUGUCUUUGUCUUUUGCGAAAAAUACAAAUAUCGAUGCCACGCUCAUGCAGAAAAUUUACCAAAACUAUAAGAACGGUUUUAUGCGUUGCAUCGAAAAGCCCCUUAAGGCCGGUGUUAUCUAUAAGGAAAAUGUAGAGUCCAGCAUAAAAUUAAUCGAGCAAUGUAUGCCAGUGACUGAAUGUCGUGAUUUCUGCAACAAACAGUUCAAAUUUGAAAAUAUUGAAACGUACCAAAUGCGUUCAAUCUAUGCCAUAUUUGAGAAGGCCUUCAAGAAUGCUGAAGAGAUGUCGGCGAAAUCAAACAUUUUCGUAAAUUUCGUAACACUGAAUGUGCAAAUGUUGUCCUUAGAUCUGAAAGUGCAAAAGCUUAAUCAGGAAAAGUUGGAAUUGGCUGCAUAUCAAAUAGACCAGUGGAUAAAACAAGGGUUGCGUUUGCAGGAAAAUGCCAAGGCAGAAGCAACUGAAGCGGAAUUUGACAAUGAAUUCUCGCCCGACUUUUCAAAGCUUUUGAAGUCCCAACAGUGGUUGCAAUUCUGUAAGGCCUGUCUCAAGGCGGGUAUGCACAUCAGCGAAGCCGUUGUCGAAGGCGAAGCUGAAGAUGUUUUCAACGGAUUACUUCUGAAGUUAUUUGCCCAUUUAUGCGAGAACUUGUACACGGACUACUCUGAGGACAUUGCUGAGUCGGAGAUUCCACAAGAGCCUGCUCAGCUGUAUGAAAUGAUCUAUACACAUUCAAAAUUUUUCGACAUUAUUCUGACGAAAGGUCAUCAAUCGCAAGUAAAAACUCAGGUGCUGCACUUACUCUUCACAUUGGCUAAAAAGUGUCCCUCAUCGCUGAAUGAAAAACAAAUUCCAUUCAUAUUGGGUUCCUACCAAGCACGUCUUAGCGACAGUGAUCGUUAUGCAUUGGCUCUUCUAAACUUAUUUGAGUACUACGACUGUGGCCUGCAUAAAUACCGUCCCUUCAUAUGGGGCGAGAGUGCUGUAUCCUUCUAUGCUCUGCGCGUCGAUGUUGACGAAAGGGCUAAAUUGACACACCAAGAAACGUCCAUUGAACAGGUAAUGUCAUUGGUAGAUCGCCAAAUAUGUGAAUACACCAUUGACAAUUUUCCCAUAUGGCGUAAACUGGAUACCGUGCAGCAACUGCCCCAAGUUGAGUUUGAAAACCCAUUCGUUAAGCCUUGGUUGUACGGGGCUAAUGACUUGGAAAACAAAGUAGAGCUUGGUGCUGGUGAAAUAGACGAACAAGAGUUACGCCUGUGCCCGAAAAGAAAAGCUAUCUUUGAGCAAUGCUAUGACCCAGCCUUCUUUGUGCCCCUGAUGUCUAUGUGUUUUGCCCCAGAAGCCUACUCCCAUCCGGCCCGACCUGUACAAAAUGGCUUACUGGCCCUUACCUUUGCCGCUUUGUCCUCCCAAGAUAAAGAUAUGAGACUGGCCUCAGGUUGUGUGCAAUUGCGUUAUCGCAGUCAUUUCGAAAAUAAGAAAUUCUUUGAAAAGCCUCUGUGGAUACAAACCUAUGAAAACAUACAGUCUGGUCUAAAUGAUUUGCGCAACUCGUGGAUGAAACACAAAUCCAACAAAGGCACCCCCAGAGUUCCAUAUAUUGCUGGCCUUUUUGUCUCGAAAACAUUUAACCUAACUACCGAUCCUACACAUCUACUUUAUAAACAGUUGACAAUGUAUUUGAGGCUGAAGAGCAGUUUCAAUUUCCAGUGUAUUCCGGAAUUUAAUGUGUUGUUCUUUUCACCUGAAGUCGAGCACGAGCAAUUCCGCAAAUUUAUUGUGGAUGUUAUUCGCAACGGUGUUAAAUCCAGUUCCGAUUUGUUCUUACUCAUCUCCACCAACACCUUCAAAGUCCUAAUGGGAUUCUACGGCAGUACAAUGUCUACGUUGGAAUUGAAUCUGUCAAUACUUUCGGUGUUUUCAACAUGCGUAAAAAUUCCGGCAUCCAGUAAGAUUAUGAUAGAACAUAUUGGCGUCAUACCAUGGCUGUGCUCCAUUGUAUCGUCGAUUGAGUUCCACCAGUUCGACGUUAUUGAGGGUCUCAUUAGCAUAAUCAAUAAUUUGUGGUAUGCCCUGAAAGCCAAUGAAAAGGAAUUCCAUAAUUUUAAUCACAUCAUCUUGGAGUUGCAUAGGCUUAUUGUCCAGCUGCUGCCCCUGAUGUCACCGAGAAUUUCAGUUUCGAAUUUCUCAAAGCUAAUGAAUAUUCUGAAUAAAACAGCCCUGGAUUCUUCGCAGUACAACGCUGUAACAACAGAUCAAUUGUCGAAGCUUAUUUCGUGUGCUGAGAAACAUUUCGGAUCGUUGGUGGCAGAUAUUGAAUCGAUUUUCGAAUUCGGUGGCAAUGGUUGUUCAUCUACGCACGAUUAUUGUAAAGAACUCUAUGCGUUGGGAGAAAAUGGUACAACAAUAAGAGCACUGUCAAAUUUGAGAGCAUACACAGUUUCCUGGUGGUCUGUUUGCAGAAAGAAUGAAACGUCGGAUAAAUCUUUGCCAGUAGAUUGAGCUGGUAACAUGAUCUAGUAGCUUGGAGAUCCUUUAAAGUCUACAUGUUAGUGUUAAAGUUGCCGUGUAGUAAUGCAUUUCAUCUUAGAUAUUUUUAUGUACAUAUGUUAAGAAUUGAAAAUAUGUUUUAAAUCAAAUUUGUGUUUAUUUACAAAGAUCCGAUUUUGAGGGAAAAUGAUAAAUAAACUAUAUUAUUUUUUUAAAUUUUA